CAAUUAAUCCAAAACUAAAACCAAUGCGUUAUUUAAAAAGGCUUCGGCUAGGAUUUCUGUCCAGAGGAUGCUGAGUGGACAGGUAUCGGAAACACACGAACAAAGAGAUAACAAACAGACGUCAGCAGGAUGCUUAGCUCAUCAAUGUGUGGUACUAUGUUUGUGGGGCGUGUUUACUUCUGGAUUCCAGAUACGAUGUUUGCUAGACCCGUGGAGGAUCAAAUUGAAAAUUUGCAGAAAAAGCGGCACAGCUAGUUAUGAACACCACUGUCCAUAA